CAUCGUCUGGACUAUUAGCUACCUACUGGAAUAUCCCCAUGUUUUCACAGGCCUCGAGCGAUCCGAGUCUAGCCGAUAAAAGCGUGUAUAAAACUUUAAUCCGACUUGGUCCUCCAUUCAACAGACUUGGACAGGCUUUGGUGGAGAUCUUCGGGCAUUUCAACUGGAAAAGGGCAGUUAUAGUCUCCCGAAGGAAAACCGACAACAAGAAGGUAUUUUGUGAUUAUUCCUCGAGAGCAGCAGACGUAAUAUUUCGCGCCAAUAAUAUAACAGUAGCAGAAUGGAUGAUUAUUGAUGAUGGUAUCACUGAUGCGAAAAUUGAUGAAAUGUUGGAGAGGGUAUACCAACGAGGCAGAAUUGUAAUCCUGUGUUCUGAAAAUAAAGACGACACUAGACGGAUAUUACUACGCGGUAAGGAAGCGGGGAUGAUGGACGGUAGUUUCGUAUUCUGGAUGCCGGAUCACCUUCCCCCAGAUAACGUGGAGAAACCAUGGCUACGAGGAGACUCUUCAGAUGCAGAUGCCAAGCUAACCUUCAGAAAUGUUUUUCAGAUAACAGUAGCUGAAAUGGCUGGACCGGAAGUAGAAAGUUUCCGAGAUUUGAUCCCUUUAAAGAUGGCGGAAUCACCAUGGUUUUAUAAUACUUCCAUAGAGAACCGAAAACGGGGAUCGGAAUAUUCGCCAUUUUUACAUGAUGUUGUUUAUCUAUAUUUGCUGACGUUAAAUGAAACACUUGCCGAAGGUUUGGAUCACAGAAAUGGAACUGCUAUUGUCCAGAAAGCUCGGAACAAAACAUUCAGAGGUGUAACAGGUAACGUUAAAUUGGACUUGAAUGGAGACAGAGAACCAGAUUAUUGGGUGUGGCACUUAGAACCGGAUGCUGAAAAAUUUGCUGUUGUCAUGGAAGCGAGAAUGACGUCAUCCACAAAGAAAAUCUACGUUACAAGUGAUAUUAAAUGGUCGACGUUUGAUGGAUUGGUCCCUGUUGAUGUACCAAUCUGUGGAUUCACAGGGGAUCUUUGUAUUAAAAAAACGUCUUAUAUAAUAACGAUAGUUGUACCUGUAGUGAUGGUGAUAUCUUUUGUUAUAUUACUGGUUCCAUCUGUUAUUGUAUACAGGCGGAUCAAAUUUGAGAGAGAGGUUGAAAAGAUGACCUGGAAAAUUGAGAGCCAUGAAAUUAAGCUGUCUGAAGCCAGGUGUUUUGGAAGCAUUGGGCAGGUAAUUCACUAUUUACAAUGA